CGCCAGCAGUGGCACUGCUCCGGGUUGCUGCGGCGUUUCCUGAACUUUCCCCGCUUCCGAGGCCUGAGCUCACAAUCGCGGCCCUGCAUCUGCCUCGCCAGCACCCGGUGGACUGCUUGCUCCUGCCUCCAGCCGAGAAAAAGAUGCCCCUUGUGAAAGUCCCAGCACCUGUAGAGCCUCUCUGGCACGAGUGGGACAGGAAAGCGCAGAAAAGUGGAUUAAGGCACACGGUGUACGCUGUGAACGGGGACCAGUAUACGGGCGAGUGGCAGGACAACUUGAAGCACGGCAAGGGCACGCAGCUCUGGAAACGCACCGGAGCCAUCUAUAAGGGUGACUGGAAGUUUGGGAAACGGGAUGGUUAUGGCUCGUACAGCGUCCCUGACCCUGUCACCAAGGAGUACAAGAAGGUGUACACAGGCUGGUGGAAAAACGACAAAAAAUGCGGCUACGGGACGACGUUCUACCCCGGCGGGGAGUACUACGAGGGCGAGUGGAGCGGCGGGCAGCGCAGCGGCUGGGGCCGCAUGUACUACGGGGACGGCUCCAUCUACGAGGGGCAGUGGCUGCGGGACCGGCCGUGCGGGCAGGGGAUGCUGCGCCUGCCAAAUGAAAAUCGGUAUGAAGGAGGCUGGAAAGAAGGAAAGAAGCAUGGACCAGGGAAAUUUUUCUACUUGGACACAGGACAGUUGUUUGAAGGUGUCUGGGCAGCGGAUAUACCAAAAUAUGGAACUAUGAUUGACUUUGGCAGAGAUGAAGCUCCUACCCCGACUCAGUAUCCAAUUCCUAAGAUCGAACUCGCUGAUCCAGAUGGUGUUUUAGAGGAGGCCCAAGCAAUGUUUGAUGACAGCCAGAAAUAAUAGUAACUGGAUCCUGAAGAAGAAAAAAAAGGAUGCAAGAUAAGGGCAAAACCCCGAGUUUCUCAUUUGUGGCUCAGCUCUGCACUGUGGCCUGUUGGAUUGGGGUCGGCCGCCCUCUCUUCCCUCAGGAACUCAAAUCAGGUUCUCCUGAUUUAAACUGCAUUUCUCAACACCACCUCCACCCUGCCUGUGGCUUUGCUCAGAGACCUCCUACCAACCCCAGGGAUUUCAAAAAACAGCAAAAUGCUGGAACACAGCACAGGGACCUGUUGCUCACUCCUGUAUGGGUUACUCCUCCUGUAAGGAACUAGCUCACAUGUUGGUCCCCACGUAUUUCACACUGACUGCAGUUCUCCAAGGCUCUGCUUUUAUAGCACAGAAUAGAAACCGUUGCAUUUUUCUAAGGCAAAUAAGCCCUUUUCCCUGCCAGAGUAACUCAAUGCAACAGCUACCUGGGGACUGAGAUGCCUUUCAUGUCUUUUGUAGCUGAGGAGAUCCCGUUGCCAUUAAUGCUGUCACUGAUGUAAAGCACUUUGCUCCUGCGUUACCCCUGCGCCUGGCCCCGUGCUGAGGUGCCAAACAAGCCGUGGGCGACGCUCUAAUCGGUUCAUCUGAUUUAAACUGGAUUUCUGAGUGCCCCAAGACUUGUUUACAGAUCACUUGGCCCCUUACCUGUUUGUGCUUCUGCAUCUGAAAGAUAACCUACUUUUGUAUUUGCACUCUGGGAGAACAACAACAACACAGCGGUCUUAGUUCCAAGAUUUAAGCAGGGCUGGCAGGAGGAAAAGCAGGCCAAAUACUUUACAUUCUUCAUACCUGUGCCUGUGAGCAGGACAUUUUAUCCUUAUACUCAUGAAAUGAGUAGCUGAAUGCGUUCAAGACACUCUCAGGAAUCCACAUUUACCAUUACCACAACACAAGCUGCAGAACAAUAAGGAACAUAAAGUUAAGCAGAUUUUUAGGCAUCUACGUGACAAAUAAUCAGCAACAAUUGAGUGUAUUUUUAUUCCAUUAUUUUAAGUAUUUUAUAUCUAAAUCAGUGAUGUACAAUAACCACAUUUAAAAUGCUUGAGGU